AUGGUAGGCUUUACAACCUAUGGCGCUCCAGCUAUGGUGGGUUGUGAUAAGGGUCUGGUGGCGUUAUGUCGUAAAGAUGAAACUUUUCCGCAAUUUCUCUGUUACCACUGCAUUAUCCAUCAGCAAGCAUUAUGUGGAAAUUUCCUGAAACUAAACAACGUUAUGAAACUGGUGGUAAAAAUUGUGAACAAGAUUAGAGCUCAAGCGUUACAAAGAAGAUUAUUCAGAACCUUGGCCGAUGAAGUUGACUGUCAAUACGGGGACCUACUCCUUAACUCUGAAGUCCGAUGGUUAAGUAGAGGACGGGUGCUGAAACGUUUCAAUGAUGUCUUAUCUGGCAUAGUUCAAUUUUUCAAACAACGCGAUGAACCGACUCCGGAACUAGAAAAUUCAAUCUGGCUUAGAGAUUUUGGUUUUCUCGUAGACAUUACAGCGAAAUUAAACGAACUUAAUUUGCAGCUUCAGGGGAGAGACAAAGAACUAGCGGAAAUGAUUUCUGAUAUAAAAGCAUUUAUCAAAAAGCUGGAGUUUUGGGAACAAAACCUAAUUUACAGCGAUGCCAAGCAUUUUCCUAUUCUUUCAAAAAAAUAUCUCAAAAUCCUUUAG